UGUACCUUCAAGCAUUCCUUACCCAAACAUUUUGUCCAAUGCGUACAAGUAGCGUUGGUUUAUUUUCUACUGGUUAAAAUCGAUGUACUUUUAAGUUAAAAGUAUUACUUUUGUUAAUUAUUUGGGGUACUAUUGUCGAACAGAUUUACUUUAGGUAAUAAACAGAAAUGGAAGUCGACAGUAAGCCCAAAAAGAGACCUCUUGGAGAGGGAGAGAAGGCUGCUUCUGGUGGAUCGGAGGAUGAUGACUACGUCCCAUAUGUCCCAGUGAAAAUACGAAAGACUCAGACGCACAACAAGAUGUUGCGCCUGCGAGGCAAGGUUGUGGAAGAGGACCUGAAAGACAGUGGAGCAGAUCAGAGGGAUGAGGAAGAAGGGCUUGGUCCACGCUCCAACGUCAGUCUUCUGGACCAGCACCAGGUUCUCAAGGAGAAGGCAGAGGCACGCAAGGAGUCCGCCAAGGAGAAGCAACUGAAAGAGGAGGAGAAGAUUCUUGAGAGUGUGGCUGAAGGCAGAGCUCUGAUGUCGGUGAAGGAAAUGGCCAAGGGUAUUAUAUACGAUGACCCCAUUAAAACAAGUUGGAAACCUCCGCGCUACAUCCUGAACAUGCCCGGCGCGAGACACGACCGCGUCAGGAAGAAGUUCCACAUUCUUGUCGAUGGAGAACUGAUCCCGGCUCCAAUUAAAAGCUUCAGAGAGAUGAAGUUACCACCAGCGAUCCUUAAAGGCUUGAAAAAGAAAGGCAUUGUCCACCCGACACCGAUUCAAAUUCAAGGGAUCCCCACUGCUCUGGCAGGUCGAGACUUGAUUGGCAUUGCCUUCACUGGCUCGGGGAAGACCCUGGUGUUCACUCUCCCCAUCAUAAUGUUCUGCCUGGAGCAAGAGAAACGGCUGCCCUUCAGCAAGAGGGAGGGGCCCUAUGGACUAAUCAUCUGUCCAUCACGAGAGCUGGCCAGGCAGACCCACAGCAUCAUCGAGUACUACUGCAAACUGCUGGAGGAUGAAGGCACCCCGCAGCUGCGGUGUGCCCUGUGCAUAGGAGGCAUGUCAGUCAAAGACCAGAUGGAGGUGGUUAAUCAGGGGGUCCACAUGAUGGUAGCCACUCCUGGUCGACUGAUGGACCUGCUGCAGAAGAAGAUGAUCAGCCUCGACAUCUGCCGCUACCUGUCGCUGGACGAGGCUGACAGGAUGAUUGACAUGGGCUUUGAGGAGGACAUCAGGACCAUUUUCUCCUACUUCAAGGGCCAGAGGCAGACCCUGCUCUUCAGUGCUACCAUGCCUAAAAAGAUCCAGAACUUUGCCAAGAGUGCCCUGGUCAAGCCUAUCACUAUUAACGUGGGUAGGGCUGGAGCUGCCAGCUUGGACGUCAUUCAGGAAGUGGAGUAUGUCAAGGAGGAGGCCAAGAUGGUGUACCUGUUGGAGUGCCUACAGAAGACGCCGCCUCCGGUGCUGAUGUUUGCUGAGAAAAAGGCGGAUGUGGAUGCAAUCCACGAGUAUCUGUUGUUAAAAGGAGUGGAGGCUGUGGCUAUCCAUGGUGGAAAGGAUCAAGAGGAACGAACCAAAGCUAUAGAAGCGUUCAAAGAAGGCAAGAAGGAUGUCCUGGUGGCCACAGACGUGGCCUCCAAAGGUCUUGAUUUCCCUGCCAUACAGCAUGUGGUGAAUUACGACAUGCCCGAAGAAAUAGAAAACUAUGUCCACAGGAUUGGACGUACAGGACGAUCGGGCAAAACCGGUAUCGCCACCACCUUCAUCAACAAAGGCUGCGAUGAGUCGGUCCUCAUGGAUCUGAAGGCGCUGUUGAUAGAGGCCAAGCAGAAGGUACCACCUGUCCUCCAGGUGCUACAGACGGAGAACGAAGACCUUGGAGGCGAGAGGGGCUGUACGUUCUGCGGCGGUCUUGGCCAUCGUAUCACGGACUGUCCCAAGCUGGAGGCCAUGCAGACCAAACAGGUGUCCAACAUCGGCCGCAAGGAUUACCUGGCUCACAGUUCUAUGGACUUCUAAGCAGCUGUCAUGUUACUACUGGUUAUUCUCUGAGGCCGGACUACAACGACACGGACACACACCAGGGGAAAAAUAUUUUCAGUCAGUUUAUUUACCAUUGUACCACACUGAUCAAGUUGGGUUGAUAGUGCUGCUACAGAAACUUUGUUGCACAUUUUUGUAGUGCACAAUUCCUUUUUUUAUUUCCUUCCCCUUUUCUGUAUGUUAAGCAUUUGUCUGUUGGACAAUUUUAAAUUGAACCAAAAAUGUUUUCAAUUAUGUUUUGUGUGUGUGUGUGUGUGUGUGUGUGUGUGUGUGUGUGUGUGUGUGUGUGUGUGUGUGUGUGUGUGUGUGUGUGUGUGUGUGUGUGUGUGUGUGUGUGUGUAUUCACUGAAACAAUGUACUGAAGCAAUGGGAAGUUGGUCAUUCUUGCAGUAAUAUUAAAAGUCUAUUUCCUCAA